AUGGCUUCGGCUUUGACUACCAUCGGCCUUGAAGAUGAGCUGGCAGCGAUGCCUGCACCAUGGCGUGACCGAGUGCAGCACCAUGCUCGUCGCUUUCACGAGAAGGAUGCCACAACGGUCCUGAAUCGCUACGAGCAGCAGAGGAGAAUCAUGAGCCGGCCGCAGCUCGAAAAGCAUGCCUUUCAUGUGGCAUCCUGGCUGGUGCUUCCAGAGGUGAGAAGAAGCCAUGGCGAUUCCGUGGAGGCGCUGCUGUCCAGGUACUUGGAGUCCUUGGAUGGGCAGCCACUUUGCCACUUUGCGAGCGCCUGA